AUGUCAAUCCAACGAACAUUCCCCGAGCUUGACUCAAGGUUUUACAAAUAUCACAGUCAUGCAAGCAACCGCGACAAGGACACUCAGGCCAUGGGAUGGGUUCAAGAGCUCUUCUGGUCCAUGGGCCGGUGCAGGCAGUCAGGCGUCACGUACGCGGAGGGAUCAUGGGGAUACACUGUUCUUCGUGUCGUCUACACCCAAGAGUCUGACGAACUCUGGCCUAUCGCCUUGCAGAAGCUCAACCGUUGGAUUACACGGUACUUCAUCCAUGGAAACCGACUCAUCAAGAACAAGCCUAAUGGCGAAAUUAAUGAGGAGCUUGCGCGCCGGUUCGUCCUUAAAGCUGUUAAGAACAAAGCUCUCGAGAGCUUGAAAUUACCAAAUCUAUCUGGGGAUACUUCUCAAUAA